AUGUCUCUCGACCGUGGCGACCGGGCCACCGUCUCCACCUCCACGACGUUCACCGCACUAGGAUGGCCGUCCAUCACUGCCGAUCUUUUGAUCAAAACGGCCCUCGGACUGCGCGCAAAUGGGUGGGUGGAUGCUGAGGAUGAUGAGCGACAAGACGAAGGGGGUGGGGAGGCCAAGGGUCGGUGGGACAGGGGGGAGUCGACAGUACUGUGA